AUGUCUGUCUCCAAGGCACCGCAGCAGCAGCCCAGCCUGCUCUGGCGGACUGCGUCCACGGCCGUCAUGGCCACCACCGGCUUGAUCUGCCGCACCUUUCUCUACGGUCUCAGCAGCGUUGAGGUCCACGGCCUGGACAAGUUCCUGGCUCUGCUGGACUCACGGCGCGACAUUGAGGCGCGGCAGCGGGGGCUCAUCACUGGUGGCCUCGACGACCCGCUCAUCUGGGGCGUCCUGCCGUGGCGGUACACCCUGGACCACCGGAACCUGCGAUGGGGCCUCGGUGCCCACGACAUCUGCUACAAGAACAGUGGCCAGACGCUGCCAACACACCGCCUGAACCACUCACCGCUGGGCGGUCUCUUCCAGCCGACCAUUGAGCAGGCCGUGGGCGUGCUCUCGCUGCCGUCAUCGACGCCGACGACGACGACAACAACGACAAAAAUGUCCGCCACCGCCAUGGCGCCCUUCUUUUCGACCAACGGGGUCGAUCGCUGGCCAUCGCCGGCCUCGUUCGCUUGCAACCGACCCGGUUGGGUGCACAUCUUCCCCGAGGGCGCCGUGCACCAACAACGCGACCGCGGACUCCGCUACUUCCGUUGGGGCAUCGCCCGGCUGAUUCUUGAGAGCGAGCCAGCCCCCGAGGUCGUGCCCAUGUUCAUCGACGGACCUGACCGCGUCAUGCCCGAGGACCGCGAGUUUCCCCGCUUCCUGCCGCGUGUCGGCCAGCAUAUCCGCGUCGUUUUUGGCGACGCCCUCGGCUCCGACGCCUUUGCCGAGGAACGUGCGCGCUGGCGCAAGCUCGUGGCUGCCGGCGGUGCCGACGCCCCCUCGGAUUCCUCCACCGAGUCUCCCGCUGCCGCCCUCCGCCGAGAGGUCGCCAUGCGCGUCCGCGACGAGGUCCUCAAGCUGCGUCGCCAGCUCGGUUACCCCGACGAAGACCCUGCCCUCGGUCUCGCCGAGACCUGGGCCCGCGAACCCCAUUUGAAGCGUUAUCGCAGCCAUAUCGAUGACAGCCUAGUCAACCAGGAGUAA